GAGCACGCAGCAUCUCAGCAUCAGCGUGAAGUGUCUAUUACCGCCAUCUUAUUUCCUGUUUAUAUGGCGACUGCCUCAACAUCCUGUGUUUAAUUACUUCUCCGCGGCAGCAGAUGCUUUUCACAGCAACCUGCUGUGAAUUACUCCCCUGAGAGCUAAUGUGCUGUGACAGACCCCACUUUUCCAAUCAAUAACUCGCCCUAAAUCUGCCAUCUCUCUGCCUGCCAAACUUACUCCCACUUCAAAUGGCGCAUCGCUUUCUUUAAGGGGGUGCGAUUGCGGAAAGAAAAAAAUGUAAAAGGAGAACACACACACAAGCAAAGAAAACAAGAUCUGGUCAUUUGUGUUCCGAUGUGGGCAACAAUGUAGAGAUCAUUCUCACACAAACUGAAACAGGAAGCUGCAUGGGGUUUUUGGUUUUGCAGAAGGUCACGUUCCACUGAGACACAGUACUCACUUCCUUGUUUUGGCUGCGAUCACUGUUCAUGUCGCGAGAUGGCCGGUGGCCAUGCUUUACUUCAUAAACUCACUGCUGAGAGCACGCAGUCCCCGGGGCUGAUGUCCAGGCAAUGAUCAAUAAAAAAAUACCCAGAAAAUAAUCUCUGAAACCCUACGCACCAUCAACAAUAAAGUGCUGGCCAUUUUAUCAACCACAUAAAGCAGUUUUUCCUUCUCCUUUCUAUUCUCUCUCAGCAAUCUGCUGAGGGCUGCAUCAUGGACUCUCCCCCAAACACGACCAACAUGAGUGGCAUGGUUUCACUUGAAGCGGUGAGGUCUGCGGAUCCGCUCUCGCUUCCCCAAGAGCACAACAUGGCCGCCCUGGUCUUCUACGGCUUUAUCUUCGUUGUGGGCGUGACGGUCAACCUUACGGCACUGUGGGUCUUCGCCCUCACCACCAAGAGGAAGAACUCCGUCACGGUGUACAUGAUCAACGUGGCCUUGGUGGACCUCAUCCUGAUCUUCCUGCUCCCCUUUCGGAUGGUCUACUACCACCAGGACUACUGGCCUUUCGGCGACGCCUUCUGCCGGAUCACCGCCGCCCUCACCCUCUUCUACCCCUGCUUGGCGCUCUGGCUCUUCGCCCUGAUCAGCGCCGACCGCUACGUGGCCAUCGUCCAGCCCAAGCACGGCCGCGAGCUCCGCAACAUCCCCAAGGCUGUGGUGGCGUGCGUGGGUGUGUGGAUCAUGACGCUGGGCGGCACCGCGCCCCUGCUCUUCCGCGAGGUGGACCCCGACAGCGCCUCCAACUUCACCACCUGCACCAAGCUGCACGGCAUCGCCGACCCGCGCCUCCACGACCCCCGCGGCGACCCCGUGCAGGCGGUGCGCCUGGCCUUCUUCUUCCUGCUGCCCGUCUGCAUCAUGAUGGGCUGCUACGCCGUCAUCGUGGACAACCUGGUGCACGGCCGCACCUCCAAGCUCAAGCCCAACGUGAAGCAGAAGUCCGUGCGCAUCAUCGUCACGCUCAUCGUGCAGGUGCUGGUGUGCUUUGUGCCCUUCCACGUGUGCCAGCUGGUUCUCCUACUGAAGGACCCCAGCAGUGGUGGCGAAGGCGGAGAAGGAGGAGGCUGGAGCUACAGCACCUGGGCGGCCUUCACCACCCUCCUGAUGAACCUCAGCACGGUGCUGGACAUUAUCCUGUACUACAUCGUGUCCAAGCAGUUCCAGGACCGCGUGAUCAGCGUCAUCCUCUACCGGAACUACCUCCGAAGCGUGAGGCGGAAGAGCCGACACACGCACACGGGCAGCGUCCGGUCCAUGAGCAACAUGAACAUGAUCUGAGAGGGAAGGACACCGGUGUCUGUCGGCACCACGUUUUACCAAUGGCAUCCGUUUAGCUCUUGUACUGCGCUCAAUCAAUCGGCUUAUGGCGACAAUGCUGGGCGUGUUGCCUGGUAUAAAUAUGAAUGAACAUUGGAUCAGAACCUGUAUGUGUUCCUGAGACAAGGCAAUGCUCACAGUAUGGGAGUGCGGCGGUUGUCUGCCGAAACAUCUGCUCUCUGUGCUGAUCGACUCACCCACGAGACUUGUGUGGCAGGGGAGAUUUCUGCUUUUCUGCGCAUUCUGAAGAACUGGAAUUUUUAAUAAACGUAGUUAAGGAAGCCUAGCUGGGUUUAUGAAUAUGGAUGGUUGACGGAUGGAAAGAUAUAUCACUCUUAUCUAUAGAAAGAAGAGGGGAAUGUCCUUGUAUUGUAUGGGAGGGCUUCAACAGCCAAGAGAAGAUGGCGCUUUCUUUCACGUUCCAAGAAGCUUUGUUGCUAUUUGUUUUCACACCUUUAGCAGUGUCAGUUCAUCUUAAUCCCCAGUGUGAGAGCCGCCAGCAGGAGGCUUGAUGCAGUACAUCAUGAGAAGCAGCAACUCCGGGGCAGCCUGCCGUUCAUCUCUCGACCAAGUGAGGGCAGCAUGUCACAGAAAUCACAGAUACCCAACGCUCCGUCUGUUUGUUUGAAGGAUAAAUAAAAGCACGAGAAGAAAGAUUUUGUGAAAAACUUCUGAAUAGUUUGCGCGUAACGAGCAUCGCGGUUGGUAUCUUGUUAUUUGUGGUGUAUUAGCGUAUAUUUACGACAUUGUAUUGCAAAUCAAUAACUUCCCCAUGUACAGCUCCAUCAGCUGGACACAAUAAAAAAUACC